GAUAGCAAGAAGCAGCUAGCGACAGCUCUCUCUGCCUGUUUACCACUAAACCUUCGCUAUUUGGCGACACCGGCGCUACAGUUAACACCUCAUUGACGUAUCUUCCUUUUAGCUAAGAUGUGCCUCCUAUAUCACAUCGUCGAGUGUGUCUAAAAACGGCAGAAAUAUGUGCCGGUAACGUGAAGACAAAAAAAAAGGGGCAUCUUUGUGUCUUUGGUCGUAAUCUUCGGAUGAGAGUUUGUGGGUAGCGUUUGAGAGGCAGCUAAACCUCCAGCUGCUCCACUUGAGGUCCAGCUUCACAGUACAGCAAGCGGAGGAAAAUAGCCAACAUGAAAUUCACAGAGCAUCUAUCGGCUCACAUCACUCCGGAGUGGAGAAAGCAGUACAUUCAAUAUGAGGCUUUCAAAGAGAUGCUGUAUGCUGCUCAGGACCAGGCCCCAUCUAUUGAAGUCACAGAUGAGGAUACAGUCAAGAGGUACUACGCCAAGUUUGAAGAGAAGUUCUUCCAGACGUGUGAAAAAGAACUGGCCAAGAUCAACACCUUCUACUCAGAAAAGCUGGCUGAGGCUCAGCGUCGAUUCGCCACGCUGCAGAACGAGCUGCAGUCAUCGUUGGACGCCCAGAGGGAGAGCAUGGCGAACGGGCGGGGCCUGAGGAGGAGGAAGACGGUGUUCGCCCUGUCACAGCAGGAGAGAUGCAAACACAGAAACAUAAAAGACCUGCAGCUGGCCUUCUCCGAGUUCUACCUCAGCCUCAUACUGCUGCAGAACUAUCAGAACCUGAACUUCACAGGUUUCAGAAAGAUCCUGAAGAAGCAUGAUAAGAUUUUGGAGACGUCGAGGGGGGCCGACUGGAGGGUGGCCCACGUCGAAGUGGCUCCUUUUUACACAUGCAAGAAAAUCACACAGCUCAUUUCUGAGACUGAGGCGCUGGUCACAACAGAGUUGGAAGGAGGUGACAGGCAGAGGGCCAUGAAAAGGCUGAGGGUACCUCCUCUGGGAGCAGCACAGCCGGCUCCUGCUUGGACCACCUUCAGAGUCGGGCUUUACUGUGGAGUGUUCCUCGUCUUAAUUGUCACUGUGAUCAUUACAGGAGCUGUGUUGAAACAAAAUACUGAUAUUUGGCCCAUGGUCAGAAUCUACAGAGGAGGCUUCCUGUUAAUAGAAUUCCUCUUCCUGUUAGGCAUCAACACGUACGGCUGGAGGCAGGCAGGAGUCAACCACGUACUCAUAUUUGAACUCAACCCCAGGAACAACCUAUCCCACCAACAUCUGUUUGAGAUUGCAGGUCUGCUGGGCGUGCUGUGGUGCGUCAGCCUGUUGUCCUGCCUGUUCAGCGAAAGCAUCAUGGUGCCGAUGCAGGCCAACCCUCUGGCUCUCUACGGCUUCUUCCUCCUCUUCCUCAUCAACCCCUUCAAGACCUGCUACUACAAGUCACGCUUCUGGCUGCUCAAACUCCUGUUUCGAGUGGUGACGGCUCCGUUUCACCGCGUGGGCUUCGCAGACUUCUGGCUGGCGGACCAGUUGAACUCUCUGGUGGUGGUUCUGAUGGAUCUGGAGUACAUGAUCUGUUUCUACAGUUUUGAACUGGACUGGAGACAAAACAAUGGACUCAUCAAGGUUGAAGGUAAAGACGUGUGUAACACCUACUCCUACGGCGUCCGCGCCGUCAUCAAGUGUCUUCCUGCUUGGUUCCGAUUCGUCCAGUGUCUGCGCCGUUACCGUGACACCAAACGGGCCUUUCCUCACCUGGUUAAUGCUGGGAAAUACUCCACUUCCUUCUUUGUUGUCACCUUUGCUGCCCUCUACAGCACACAUAAAGACCAUUCCCCCGCUGAUGCCCAGAUCUUCUUCUACUUGUACAUCAGCUGUUUAGUGGUCAGCUCGUGCUACACGCUGAUCUGGGAUCUGAAGAUGGACUGGGGCCUGUUUGACCGCAAUGCAGGAGAGAAUACCUUCCUGCGAGAGGAGAUAGUCUACCCACAUAAGGCUUAUUACUACAGUGCCAUAGUGGAGGAUGUACUGUUGCGCUUUUCGUGGACUUUAACCGUCUCCCUCGGCGCACUCAAUUUACCCAAUUACCACAGCAUCUCGGACAUACUGUCGACUGUACUGGCCCCAUUGGAGGUCUUUAGGCGUUUUGUGUGGAACUUCUUCCGACUGGAGAAUGAGCACCUGAAUAACUGUGGUGAGUUCAGGGCCGUCAGAGACAUCAGCGUGGCUCCGCUCAAUGCCGACGACCAGACCCUGCUGGAGCAGAUGAUGGACCAGGAGGACGGAGUCAGGAACCGGCAGGGCAAGAAGAGCUGGAAGAGGAGCUACAGCAUGAGUCUACGUAGACCACGACUCGCUUCACAGUCCAAGACCCGUGACACCAAAGUUCUGAUAGACGACACUGAUGAUGACUCCUGACAUCAGGCCACGCCACUCGCCUGGGUCCAGAAUCUAUUCAAAGGAGGAAACUCCACCUCCUAACCGAGGAAUUACCCAGCGAGUUGGGCGUUGAACUCUCAAAACCAAGAAAGAGUUGUAAACUUUCAUGCCUACGUAAUCCUUUCUCAACGCAUGAGCCAUUGCAUGGGUUCAGAACUUAUGUCAAGAGAGGAACUUUCACCUCUUGAACAAAAAAAACCCAGCAAUAAGGCCAUCCAACACAUAACCUGCUCCUACCUUCAAUAAUAACUAGGGGUGGGCUUAUCACUUAACCUACCUAAGCGGUGGGUGAGUAACUAAUCUUCCUGUCAUUUGCAGCCACCCAGAGGUGGACUCUUUAACUACACCCACUUCUCAGCCAUUGCUUGGGCUUUCCUCAAAGUCUCAGCCUAGCAUGAACAACUCAGCUAAAUGGAAUGCAAGCCGAUCACCCUGACAGGAAGUAUCCCUGCUCCCUCUCGGUGCCACAGAACCUCCCACACAGGGAGAGACCGACAUCUUCAAGCCUACUCCCGUUGAGGACCAAAAAGGUUUUCUCGCAGCCUUUAGCUAUUAGCCUCCACUUACACUCGCUUAGAGAAAGGCCUUCAAUAAAUGACGUACCAUCCGCACCUCAAGCGGUCUCAAGUCAGCCUGUAAUUUGGACCUCUGAAUGAACCUGCAGCCCCUUUUUUCCAAUAAGAGACUAAAAAGGGUUGAAAAGAGUCCUCGUCCUCCUCCUCACCGGCGAUCUUUUAGGCCUUGUGACCUUUUCUCUGACCAACUAGACGGACCUUGGCAUUUAUGCAGGCCAACAGACUAUGUCGACUAACAUUUGGUAAGGCCAAUCAGUUGCUGGCUUGACUCCCUUGCUCUUCAGCUUGCCCCGUCAAAUCAUCACAAAGCUGCCUACUUGCACCUUACAUGCUUUAGAAACACACACACACACACACACACACACACACACACACACACACACACACACACACACACACACAGAAACACGCACUUUGUAGGAAGAGUGAAUCGGAACAGAAUGCCUAUUGUGUGUUCAUACACACACAGACACAUGCAAAUAGUGAUUUAACAUGUUUUCUUGUUCAUGGACGUGCAACAGAGUGGCCUCCAGUCUACCGUUAUUCUUUUUGAGACCCUGGGAAGAGAACACACACAUAGACUAGCCAUUAUUUGUAAACGCGGAUGUAAAUAUGACAUGGACCAAAAUAGGAGGCAGUGUGCAAAAUAAUUAUUCAGAAAAUAUGAAAUACUCCAUUAAAAAAAAAAAAGCAAAGAAAAAAAAA